AUGGCAACUAUAGAAAAACCCAUCACCAGACUGAACCUGAGGAGGCAGCUCAAGUUGAAAUUACAACACCAGCAGGAGAAGCAACACAGAGGACACCUGCAACUGCAACUGCAACUGCACCUGCAACUGCAGGCUCAGUUUGGCAAAUUACGCCACUCAAAACAUCAUCAAGAUUCAACCUCUAGUGUACCACAAAGCAACAACUACACUCACCGAAACCUACGCACUCAUCGACAGUUAACGCCACCAUCUCUAGAGCACCAUAACCACAAUCAGAACUACAGCAAUGCACAUGACCAUGACCAUGACCAUGACCAUGAACAUGACCAGCGCCAGCUCAAGUAUGACGAUACCAGUGACGAGGAUAGCAGAAAACUUGCAUAUGACAUAAAAAGAAGAACUUCGCCCCCUGCAACUGAUUUGCCAUCGCCAACCGCCACUGAGAUUGAUGAACACGAUUUAGACCAUGAAUUUACAGAAGAAAACUUUGAUGGCAAUAAGUGUCAAAUGUCAGGGUCCAGGUCUACUGCAACAACAGAAACAACAACAAGGCAACAACAGCAGCAGCGUAGCAAUACAAAGAUACAUCGCGCAAGAAGUAAGUCUGUAUCUUUUGUCUUGCCUCAAGAACUCCUCACACCAAAAGAAGAAGAAGAUGAGGAAGAAAUUAUGACAAGACAAAAGAGACGGAAGUUAGAUUCUCACAAAAUUAGUUGCAAGGAGGAAAAUGGAAAAGAAGAAGAUCUUGACAACUUUUCUAGCGACUACCCUGCUACUCCACCAGAGUCCUGUUCACAUGAAGAAGAAGUAGAAGAGGAGGAAGAGGAAGCGGAAGAAAAUGAUAAUGAUAAUGAAGAGAACUCAAAACAAUUAAAAACUCCAAAUGAAAUAAAUCAUGCUGAGUCUCAAAUUGAUACAAAUGUACAAGAUGAUUCCAUAGCUGAUAAGCUUGCUGAAAAUACUGACUAUAUUGCACUACAAUCAGCACUAGGUUUGAUUGAAUCUCAAUCGAAACAAAUCAAACAGGAAAUGAUUCAGCUUUCCCAUUUGCAAAAAAUAUUUAGUCACCCAAGAAAGCACUCUGAUGAAGCUAGAUCUUUCAUCACAAAAUUAAUGAAUAACGAAAAAACCAAUUUGCCAAAACCAAUGAAUAUUAUCCAAUGUCCCAAUGUAGACUGGUCAAAAUACAAAUCAUAUAUUGCUAGGGUAUACGAAGCUCAGGAAGCUCCUACCCUAGUUCAGCAUCAACAUCAACAUCAACAACAACAACAACACCAUCAUCAUCAUCAUCAUCAUUCUCAACAGCAACAGCUUUAUAUUCCAGCCCAAUCGCAAACCUUUACUCAAAUAAACACUCUGCAUCCACCAGCACAUGCUACAAGAGGAUACAACCUCAGAAGCUCAAAAGGAAACUCGAUGUACAAGAAAUUAAAACUUUUUGAUCAGAUCUGA